GAGCGGGGGCGGAACUUCCGCCGGGGUCUGAAUAAGGAUGCCACGGACUGAAAGGGGACCUGGGUGAGCGAAAGGAAACGCGGGGGAACAGAGUUUGGGCAUCGGAGAGCGGAAGAGGCUCUCGCGGAAGCAGGGAAAAGACUCCGAAAGGUAGCGUGGAAGAGAGCUGAAGGGAGUCGUGGGGAAGCGGAAGCAGAAUUUCCCCUCCCUUUCGGGCUCUGUAUUCGUAGGAGCUGGCGGUAACCUUAGCGUCAUUCGGAAGACCAUCCCACAAGGUGGCUGUGGAGUGGAUGCUAGCGCGUAGCCCAGCGAAUCUCACAUGGAGAGCAGAGGGGCUCCGCUGCCGGGUCCUCGCCAGGCGGCCGAGCAGGCCCACUGGCCCCUGUUGGGCGUGGGAAUGCAGUGGCUUGCGCCGCCCACUGACCUUCCGAGACAGGUACAUAAUAAUUGGUUGGGGCACAGACAGAGAGUGAUCAGCAUUCCAGUAAAGAAAAUCAGCCUUGCAAGACGCAUGGAAUUGAAACAAGAAAUGGCAAAAAAUCUUUUGAAUGCAACAUCUCUGUCUGCAAGGACAAAACUACUACAUCAAGUGGGAGUAUCACUUUAUAAUACUUCUCAUGGCUUCUAUGAAGAAGAAGUAAAAAAGACAUUGCAGCAGUUUCCUGGUGGAUCCAUUGACCUUCAGAAGGAAGAUAAUGGCAUUGGCAUUCUUACUCUGAACAAUCCCAGUAAAAUGAAUGCUUUCUCAGGUGUUAUGAUGCUACAACUUUUGGAGAAAGUGAUUGAAUUGGAAAAUUGGACAGAAGGGAAAGGCCUCAUUGUUCGUGGGGCAAAAAAUACUUUCUCUUCAGGAUCUGAUCUGAAUGCUGUGAAAGCUCUAGGAACUCCGCAGGAUGGAGUGGCCUUAUCCAUGUUCAUGCAAAACACCUUAACAAGAUUUAUGAGACUUCCUUUAAUUAGUGUUGCACUAAUUCAAGGUCGGGCAUUGGGUGGAGGAGCAGAAUUUACUACAGCAUGUGAUUUCAGGUUAAUGACUCCAGAAAGUGAGAUCAGAUUUGUCCACAAGGAGAUGGGCAUAAUUCCAAGCUGGGGAGGGGCCAGCCGGCUGGUUGAAAUCAUCGGCAGCAGACAAGCUCUCAAAGUGUUAAGUGGGGCCCUCAAACUGAAUUCAGAAAAAGCUUUAAACAUAGGAAUGGUGGAAGAGGUCUUGCAGUCUUCAGAUGAAACUAAAUCUCUAGAAGAAGCACAAGAGUGGCUAAUGCAAUUUGUCAAUGGGCCACCAGAAGUCAUUAGAGCUUUGAAAAAAUCUGUUUGUUCAGGCAGAGAGCUGUAUUUAGAGGAGGCAUUACAGAAUGAGAGAGAUCUUUUAGGAACAGUGUGGGGGGGACCUGCAAAUUUAGAGGCUAUUGCUAGGAAAGGAAAAUUUAAUAAAUAGAUUUUAAAAAUGUUUAUGUACUACAAAUAAAUCUUCAAUGAUUAAUAUAUAUGAAAGUUAAAUGAUACUAAAUAUGAUAGAAUUACUUUGAAGUCUGCUACUAAAAUUCAGAUUUACUUUUCUUAUAAUUUUUUGCUUAAAAUUAUUUGUCAAUUCCUAAAUUCUCAUAAUAGUUUUUAAUCUAUAACUGAAGAUAAGCUUGCAAAAGGAAAAGCUUCUACAUAAAACCUACUUCUGGAGCUGUUUUUCAUAAAUGUUUUGUUCUGUCUUACCUAGAAAUAACUUAAUGAACUCUGUUAUUCAAAAAAAAAGUGGGCAGGGAUCAAGAGAAUAUGAAAAUAAGAAAAGGUAUAAUUAAUCAUUUCUGCUGUAAGCAGCUCAAGUAAAAUUAGUGAGAAAUGACCCUUUGUUUUAAAAAAAAUCUAUUAAUCAAUCAGUGAGGAGACAUGAUAUGGAACAUCAGCUAUCUAAAUUAUUCAUUCUUUUGUUUCCUGGAAUUUCUGUUUUAAAGAUGAGAUGUAAAGAUUAAUGAAGCAUCCUAUAACAAAUCUGCAUUUUUAUACUAGAUUUGUUUUUCUGGAAAACAACUUUUCUUCUUUUGUAACUAGCUAUUUUUUAAAAGUAAAUUCAAUAAAAAUGCACAGCUCAAACUUU